AAGAGGUAAGUGGUAGUGGGAAACGAUCGCUAUGGGACCAUUAUUACAAGUAAUUCUUUCAGCUACAGGAUGGAGGAAUACUUUACGUAUACUAGCUGGUAUGCUUUUUGUCCCCACUUUGGCUUCUUUAGCUUAUCGUCUACCACAAAGCAAAAUGAACAAUGAAAAAGACGUUGACAUACCUCAACCAAAAAGAAAAAUUGUUGACUUUUCUGUGUUGAAGAAUCCUGCGUUCUUAGUACUUUGCAUAGCCGUGAGUACUUUUAUGAUGGGAUAUUUUAUACCAUUUGUACAUCUGCCUGGCUACGCUAAAGUUUUGAAUGUAGAAGAAUAUAAGUCUUCCAAUCUCGUUGGAAUUAUGUCGGUUGGCUCUACAAUUGGACGUCUUUUUUUUGGCAAAAUAUCAGAUUUUCCUCGCGUGAAUCGUCUUUACCUCUAUCAGAUGUCAUUCUUUUUUAUGGGUGGUCUUCAGUUUAUAGUUCCACAACUUAAAAACUUCACUGGCUUAUCUUUAUAUAUGGCGGGUUUUGGUUUAUUUGAUGGUUGUUUUGUCGUUUUGUUAGCUAUUGUUGUGAGUGAUGUUGUUGGUAUAGAUAAAGUCUCAACUGGAAUGGGAGUAAAAUUUUUCUUUAUGGCCAUUACGACGUUUGUCGGGACGCCAUUUGCUGCCUGGUUAGUUGAUAAAUCUGGCUCCUACGACUUAGCGUUUUACACUGCUGGUUCCAGUGCAAUUUUGGCUUCCCUUCUCCUGUUUCUUGUUCCAUGCCUUGUGCCACGUGACGUGCGCAUGCGAAAUAGAAUGGCAUUUGAUGUAGGUAUCGAGGAAAUUGCUGAAGAUGAUAGUCUUAACGAGAAACGAUUAUCAUUUGGUGGUUUACCUGUCAUAAAAACUGAAGAUGUUAGUGAUCCAAAUUCAACCGAUUCUUCAUUACUUUCCCCUCCACCGUUGGCAGCACAAGGAAGUUUCCUAUCUGUUCGUUCUUGCAACUCUAUUAAAUCAUCUCCAAAGAGUAUGCUAUCAAUUCAUUCAAGGGAGCCAUCAUUAAGAGCUAGUAGGCUGGAAGUUAGUUGUGCCGUAGUUGGAGUUGAUCCGCGCAUAUUACCUUCUGAUGUUGUGCAUCGAACAAAAUCAACUCCAAAUUUUCUUGUAGUUGAACGCAUGACCACGGUAUAACUGUCAAAUAGAAAUGCACAUCUUCAUUAGAGUAGCACAGUGAGCAUUGUAGCUAGUUUGUGUUGUUGUGCGAGCUGUCGUUUUCUAUUUUGGUGUUAUUGUUGGUCGUAUUACCUCGACAUUAAAGUGCGACAUUACUUCAACUCGUUAUUGAAAAAGACAAAAAAAAUAGACUAGAGUCAUGAACCAAGUCAUGCAAUGUUGUGCAAUGCAUUGUUUAGAAACAUGAAAAAAUAACAAAUAAAUUAUGUUGAUUUUAAAUAUUGAACAUGGAUGACAAUGGACAUUAUAAACUGUUGCAAUAUUCGUGGUUGUCCAGGAAUAAAACGAUUGGAAGUCUAUAUGAGCUACAUGAUUUUACUACUUGAAGUUCAUAAUCUACGUUGUCCAUCUGUGGAACUGUCACGUUGAUGGAAAAGAAAACAAUUAAAGAACGAAGAUAGUCUAUGGAAAGAGUACAGAACCCUGUUCUCAAAAAUUAGAGUGUUAUCUUAAUUUUAUAGCAUAGCAUUUGGAAAUAUGUAGUGAUUGAAGCAUAUUUUCGUUGGGUUGGGAUUUAUUUAUAAUUAAUAGAGAUCAAUAGAGAUUAUUAAAGUUAGUUUCUUGCUGAUUUUA